AGAAUUUCAUUGGGCGGAUUCCAACGCUCGACCUUUGACAUUCAAAAUGGCGGAAAAGUUUGAGAAUUGCCCGGAGUUUUGAUGUAUCUAUGGAAAUCUCGCUCCGUUCUGAUAUUUUCUUGGAUUCUUUCAUUGUCUAAGUGAGCUGCUAGUAUUAAGAUCCCAAAGAAGAUUUGAUCUAUGAUGUUCCAAGUCUUUGAUGUCUGAACUCAACAAUGGAGACCAAAGUUUUAGAUGGAGGUCUGGCAACAGAGCUGGACUUUGCUGGCUUCGACAUAAAUAAUGACCCUCUCUGGAGUGCCAGGCUGCUGGCCACGAACCCUGCUGCUAUAAAACAGGUCCACAAAAGUUUCCUAUCAGCUGGGUCAGAUGUCAUCAUCACUGCAACUUACCAGGCCAGUGUCCCAGGUUUUCAGGAGUACCUGGGAGUGUCUGUGGAGGAGGCACACAAACUCAUGGACCACGGAGUCAGGAUAGCCAAGCAGGCCUGUCAGGAGUUCUGCAAGGAGCAGGAUAAAGGAGACUUCCCAGGCAGAAGAAACCCCCUGGCCGCAGGCUCGGUCGGGCCCUAUGGAGCUUGUCUACAUGAUGCAUCCGAGUACACAGGAGAAUAUGUGGACAGUAUGUCAAUAGAGGAAUUACAGAGGUGGCACAGACCCAGACUAGGACAACUCAUCACCAGUGGUGCGGACAUGGUUGCCAUAGAAACAAUCCCCGCCGUAAAAGAGGCAGCUGCGCUGGUCCAGCUACUCAGGGAGUUCCCCAACACUCGAGCAUGGGUCACUUUCUCGUGCAAGGAUGGGUUACACACCUGCCAUGGCGAGAGUUUCCCUGAAGCCAUCGCAGCUGUCCUGAAGUCUCCGCAGGUGUUUGCAGCCGGCGCCAACUGCUGCAUGCCAGAGCACGUGGCUCCCCUGCUGCAGAAGGCGCGGGAGCUAUGCAAGGAUCCGGCGAAAUUCUUCAUCGCUUAUCCCAACAGCGGGGAGAAGUGGGCAGCAGGAACAGGCUGGCAUGGAAAGGCUGACUGCCGUCCCCUGAGCACCUUUGUUCCUGAGUGGUUAGAUAAUGGAGCCAGGUGGAUAGGAGGAUGCUGUAGGACCCGACCAGAUGAUAUGAAGGACAUCAGGAGUUCCAUAGAACAAUGGAAGAAGACCACUGGAUAGUGUAUAAUUCACUGUCCACUGUAUAUGUAUUGUCGUGUGUGUGUAUGUGUAUAAACUAUGAACUAAUCUUGUGUUUUAUAUGGAGCAAUAUGCACAAUGUAAUUGCUUAUGGGUGUUGAUUUUUUAUGGUGCAUUUUAAUCAUGGCUGGGAUACUUUAACCAAAGUUAGAUCAUAAUCUAUAUUACAGGUGGAAUGAGUCUAUAUUCUGUAGCUUUUACAAAUAAAAUUUUAUGAUUGCCUUUCACUGA